GAGGUCGGGAAAGCCUUGGGUGAGAGCCAGAGGAGGAGGGAGUUGAGGAGAGAGACAAGUGGUAAAGGGCGGCUAUGUGCCAAUGGGGAAAGCGCACAGCGUCGUCCCUCUGCCAAACCAGCCUCCCUCUCUCCCUCCUGUUGCCCGCUUUGCCUCCGUGCUACCCUUGCCUCCCUCCCUCGCACCGAUCUCACCCUCCUCCCUCUCUUCCUGCAGCUCAUACAUACGCUGCAGACGUUGUUGUCCCCUUCUCCUUCCCCUUCGACCUCCCCUUCCCUCCGCCACACCGGACCCCCUCUCCCUUCCCUCCCUCCCUCCCUCCCUUCUUCAUUGCCUCCUGGGAAUACUUACCCUUUUACUUCAUCGGCGUCUCGCUUUGCUGGGCAGGCUCCUCUCUCCAACCCACGGCAUUCGUCUAGGCCUUCCCUUUAGGAAUAUAAGUUCAAUGGCUGAGGCUGGAAGUCCUGGCAGUCAAGACAGUCCACACUCGGAUGAUUACGGGGGUAACCAUGGGAGUGGUGAGAGGGAUAACUCCAGCGUUCGCGAGCAGGAUCGUUUCCUGCCAAUCGCUAAUAUUAGCCGCAUCAUGAAGAAGGCGUUGCCUGCUAAUGCCAAGAUUGCCAAAGAUGCGAAGGAGACAGUUCAAGAGUGUGUUUCCGAAUUCAUCAGUUUCAUCACGAGCGAAGCUAGCGACAAGUGUCAGCGGGAAAAGAGAAAGACGAUCAAUGGAGAUGAUUUACUUUGGGCCAUGAGCACAUUAGGGUUUGAAGACUACGUCGAGCCGCUGAAGGUUUACCUUCACAAGUACAGAGAGACUGAGGGUGCUCUGACGAACAAGGCUGGUGAAUCAUCUUCUGGCAAGAAGGAGGGAAGUGGCAUGGUAUCUCCUGGCGUUCAGCAAGGAGGCUAUAACCCUUACAUGCAAGCGCAGAUGAUGAAUCCUGGCAACUACCAGGUUCAACAUUAUUAGUAUUACAGGCUUCUGUUUCUGCAUCUUUGAAAUGACAAGAUGCAGCAACUGAUGAUGGGAGCUCCUGGGUGAAAGUUGUAAAUCUGUGUAAAGGCAUUCGACUCUCCUUGUAGAUGAAGAUUAGGGAGUAACCCAGAAACCCAUAGUCCUUUAGGUGUAGAGAGCUUAUGGGGAACGGUCAGUUUUACGUGACGAUUGAGUUAGCAUAAGGAAAAGAAGAGGAAGUUAGUCGUGGAUGCACUUCUGGUUUUGACAGUUCUACCCUAGCUGCUCAUUUUAGAUGCUGUCUGCGGAAAAAUCGGAGGGCUUUUUGAGCUCCAGUCAGCACAGCGUCAGUUAGGGGAUCAAGCAGUGAGGAAUUUGUCAGCAUUUUUUUCAACAUGCUGCUGACCCAGUGCGGGAACUGUACAAUCUUUGGAAAAAAAGAAAUGAACCUUGUUGUCUUUGUUCUGACAGCAAUUGAAUAGUAUAUUA